CCUUCUGGACCUUCCUCUGGGUUAGGGGUGGGGGUGAGCCUGUCCCCAUGAAAACUUGGGAAGAUGUAGAAUGAGCCCACCCUGUGGGAGGUGCUGCUCGCUGCCCAGUGCUGCCCAGCCCUCCUUUACCCUCCCCUUCCCUCCCCUGCUGCUUCCGCCCCGCCCGCCGCCUCCCCAGGACAGAGGCCCAGGCUGUCCUUCUGGCAGAGGUCGAGGCUCACUGACGUCAUCAGGCCCUUCCAUGAGCGAGGCAAACCAGACCGGGGUGUGGCUCUCAGAGCUCCCGACAGUGUCAGCCGAAGCCCCUGGACCGGGCACUGGGGGCCGGGCAUGGCCUGUGCUGGUAGGGGUUGUGCUGGGGGCUGUGGUUCUCUCUCUGCUCCUUGCACUCGCCGCCAAAUUCCACCUCUGCCGCCGCUACCAUGCCAGCUACCAACACCGCCCACUGCCCAGAGCAGGACAUGGGAGCCGCCUGGAGGCGGGUGAAGAUGAGGAUGAUGAUGGUUUCAUUGAGGACAAUUACAUUCAGCCUGCGGCUGGUGAGCUGGAGACCGAGGGGAGCAGGGACCACUUCUCCCUCUGAGCCCCGAUCUAUGGUUACUCCUUCUUCCCUCCAUGCCUGGCAGUUUUAAGGACAACAGAUGCUAAAUGGGAGCCUCAAACCUCAGGGACAGAGGAUUCAACCAACCACGGGUUGAAACUAUGUGUGGAAAGAUCCAAAAAGUAAGGGGACAAGGACUUAAAGGUUGAGCAGGAGUAACGCAAUCCUCCCCUUCCUGACACUGCCCAUCAAGUGACAAUGAUUUUCUCUUGCUCAAUAUCUUGAAAUGACUCCUUGCUGUACCUGGGAAAAGCCUAACAACCAUAGGAGUAUGGAGAAAAAGGUCCUCUGUGACUGGCCUCCGUGGUCUCUUGGUUUCUUCUGCCUUCCCCAACUUUACUCCCUCCUUAAUUAGAUGAAGUUUUUGCUCAGGUUGUUCCUAGGCCUGGGUUGCCCUAUCCUUCUCUAAGUCCCCUCUGACAGUGAUGAAAAUCCUAGCCCACAGGCCCCCUGGGCCUGCCUGUCCACCUACUAACAUUGCAGAUGUGCCCGGAUGGUGCAUCUGAGCAGGUGAAAUCAGUGCCAAGUUUCCUAGUGAAUAUCUUUCUUAUCAAUAAAGUGGGUGAUCUGGUUGUAAUAUAUUAUGUUUUUCACAACAAUUAAUAAAUCUAUUUUCAUUUUGAA